CUACCUGUCCUCAUCACAAUCGACUUGAGAAUGGUCCAGGACGGACCGAAACGUCGUCGUCUCUUCAAUUUCUAGUGUGUGGUCUGGUCAACAAAAUUAGCAUAAUUGUUUCUUUUACCUUAUAUAUUCGAUGAUGUUACCCCUUUUAAGUCUUGGUAUAUUUGUUGUGGUUUCCAGUUCAUAAAUAAAUUCCGCUACAGCUUGUUCAGGAUGAAUGCAAGUAUGCAUUACAUUUUCUAUUAGUCACCCAUGUUAACUUUCUAACGUUUUCUGCGAAGAAAGAGAAAUCGCUUGGACAUACCCUGAAUAAAAAAGUAUUUGUUAUAAUUUCUGUUGUCACUACGUAAAGUAAGCAAAUUAUUUACACUUCUAAUGGAACUAGAAUUGUUAAUAUAUAAGUUUAAUAGAUUGUAUUAUGCCUCCAAUGUAUAGUUAGUGUCUAUAGAUAGUGAUUCCUUUAGCCGGUAACCUGAGGGCCCUCAAGAUGUUCCACAUUCCAGAUCAGUCAGACCUGGACAGUUAGUGUGACGCUACCAAGGGGGGAAGACCUAACUCUUGUGACGCAACUAAGAGGAGGGACCUUGUACCUGUGACGCUACCAAGAGGGGGGGACCUUGUAUGUGAGACGCUACCAAGAGGAGGGACCUUGUAUGUGUGACGCCACCUCGUGCUUGUGACGCUACCAAGAGGGAAGACCUAGCUAGCACCUGUGACGCUACCAAGAGGGAAGACCUAGCUAGCACCUGUGACGCUACCAAGAGGGAAGACCUCGUGCUUGUGACGCUACCAAGAGGGAAGACCUAGCACCUGUGACGCUACCAAGAGGGAAGAUCUAGCUAGCACCUGUGACGCUACCAAGAGGGAAGACCUAGCACCUGUGACACUACCAAGAGGGAAGAUCUAGCUAGCACCUGUGACGCUACCAAGAGGGAAGACCUAGCACCUGUGACGCUACCAAGAGGGAAGAUCUAGCUAGCACCUGUGACGCUACCAAGAGGGAAGAUCUAGCACCUGUGACGCUACCAAGAAGGAAGACCUAGCACCUGUGACGCUACCAAGAGGGAAGACCUAGCACCUGUGACGCUACCAAGAAGGAAGACCUAGCACCUGUGACGCUACCAAGAGGGAAGACCUAGCACCUGUGACGCUACCAAGAAGGAAGACCUAGCACCUGUGACGCUACCAAGAGGGAAGAUCUAGCUAGCACCUGUGACGCUACCAAGAGGGAAGACCUAGCACCUGUGACGCUACCAAGAAGGAAGACCUAGCACCUGUGACAACUUUAUACAAAGCAACGAUCUACCAAAAAGUGGAAACCCCAUCUAGGUGUAUCCGAAAGUGAAACCAUAAUUGAGCCACAGGUUUCAGCGAACACUUCGAGAGUCACUCGUCGUGGAAUUGAAAUGAUACAGAGUUAAAGUAUCGGUUAAGACAGCUAAAGAAACAUCUGUUGCUUGAACCCAAGUGAGAGCGGAACAGCACCUGUGUCACAGACGCUGAGAGAAGACCCGGACACCGUGGGGAUGCCUCGCAACUCGCCUCUCGUCGCUCUGUGCCUCCUGACAGUCUGUGCUUCACCAGGAUCCGCCUCCAUCCUGAGCAUGUUGACCCCCGCUAUAGAGAGAGCUGCCUCCUACGGCUACUACAUCCUAGGCUACGACCAGCCAGCCUACCAGUACGGCAGCGGAGAGAUAGACAUCCCUCAUGUCAAAGAGCCCAUCUGGAACGGUCACAUCCCGGUGGGGGACUUUCUCUCGCCGCUGUUGUCUGCUCUGGGCGGCGGUAAAGGCAGCCACGGAUAUGGUUACGAUGACCGCAUCGUCAGAGGUUACGAGAACCGUCUGGGACUCCGGGUGGCCGUGCCGUACCUGGGGGACUUUCAAGUGACCCGCGAGAUCGGUCCGGGUAGGUUCCUGGACAAGCUGGGACCCGGCGAGUAUCCAUACCCAGGACUCAAGUCGGCAGUGUCACACAGCACAAGUUAUGGAGGAGGCUACGGGGGAGGAGGCUACGAGGACAGCAAGCCCCCAGAGUCCGGCUCCUACAUCCCAGACAAUACAGCUGUGUACCAAGGCAUGAAGAACUACCCCUGGUACAGGAGGUAGCCUACGACCUCUGCUUACCUUGCCUUCUCAGUGGUGCAUCGAGACAGUAUAAGAUAAAAUAAAAAUUGUCGAAUUAUAUAUCGUAUUUAUAUUAUUUUUCGUUAUUUAUUAUGUAAUAUGUUAAAUAUAAAUUGAAGUGACCAGUUUAUACAUUGUAUAUUAAACUAACCUGAAGUUU